GGCAGCCGCAAGGAAAGCGGCUGAGCCAGGUGGAACCCGAGAUGUCAUCGCUGGUGAAGGAGGACUUGGAGAAAAAACUGUUCAAGCCGCUGGCGCAGAAUCUCUGCGAGUUUAUUGAGAUCGAGUUCUCGGUCCAGGACAGGUAUUACCUCUGCGUGUCAGUGACCAAAACUGAUGAAGUGAAGAUUAUCAUGGUGAAGCAUUACAGAGUGGGUCUAGAUGAAAAGUACGAAGUAACAAAGAAGUGGUCUUUGGAUGAUCUUCAGAUGAUUGACGGAAAAGAAGCUGAUACCGACAAUCCAUUUUUUGAUCUGCACUUCAAGAAAGUGUACAGCCUGGAGGCCUACAGCUGUGCCUCUAAGUAUUCCUUUGCUCGAACGGUAAACAGGCUGAACCAUGUGUAUCUUAAGAAGGACUUGCACAUCGUCAACUUCGAUUCAACUUACAUCAACGAUGACUCCAUUUGGUCCUCCAACAACAAGGACUGCCUGGUCCUCAUGAGAAUAUGCUUCUAUGCUUUCAAUCUUGUGUGCUUGUCCCUGUGUCCCCUGCCACUUUGAAGAUGUAGCCCAAAGUCCUUCAUCAAUGUCCGAAGAAA